AUGGAAGAUAUUUCUAGUUCUGAAACAAAUGAUACUGACACAGAGUUGGCUCCAAUUGAAAAACCGAAUGAAGCAACUUAUAUCGAUAUUCCUAAAACUCUCAAACUAGACAAGCCAAUAUAUAAUAGCUAUCUGGUUACUGAUCAAGUUCAAAACUUGGAAGUUGAGACCCCAAGUUCAGUAACUAAUAUAGAUAAUACUAACGUAACACCAACAUCAGCAUCUCCUUCAUGUAUUCCAUUUACUACUCCCCAAAACCCAAAUAUAAAUCACCAAACUCAAAAUAGAGUUUCAAAUAAUACUAAUGAAUUAUCAAGCAAGUCUAGAAAACCUCAAAAUUCUGGCUGCACACUACGUAGUCAUGCUUCUAGUACAUUGUCUGCACAAAGUGGAGAAAUUAAAUCCGCACAAGCUAUAAAUAUGGAGGAUGUUACUUUGCCAACUAGAGAACGAUCUUCGAAAGAACUUGAUAAAAAAAAGAGCAAAGAAAAAAAAAAUAAUCAAUGCACACACAUGAAUAAUGGGCAUCCAAAAAAUAAUAAUUAUGAAGUAUGGAAAUUUCAAAAAUUAUUUGAUAGCAUGCACGUUGAUAGCUUUAUUAUAAUUUGA